AUGCCUUUCUUUAAGAAAAAGGAGCCAAAAAAAACUAAAGAAUAGUUAGAAAAAGAAGAAGAAGAUAAAAAAGCUGAAGAGGAAAAAAAAAUCCUUGAAAAUGAGAAGUAAAUAGAAGUUGCUUAUCGUUUUUUGAUGCAGCCUGAAGUUUAGAAAUUUUCAGAUAUUAAUAAAAGAGUUUUUCUGAGAAAAAGAGGUCUUACUACAGACUAAAUAGAUUAGGCUUUUAAGAGGAGAGAUGAAAAGAAAGAAAGUGCUUAAACCGGCACUGAAUAACAAUAAAUCACCUAAUAGGAAUAGAAGGCAAGUGAAGAAAAUAAAUCUGUGUUAGUUUAUUCUGAAACUCUUGAAUAAAAGUUAGCAACUGCUUUAAAAAAUGGAUUCCUAAGCAUUCAAAAAUCAAAUACUACUGAGUUAAGCCCAAAAAUAUUUGAAGUUUCUAAUUUAAAAACUUUAGUAGCAUCCCAAAAUAUGUUAAAAGAAAUUCCUGAUGCAAUAGGAAAUUUGGUAAAUUUAAGAGUAGUACAAUUGGCCGAGUGUGGUUUGACAAAUGAUGUUAUCAGUGAUAAAUUAUUCAGUCUUCCUAACUUAGUAGAAUUAAAUCUAUCUAAAAAUAAAUUAACUUCAAUUCAUUUGAUUGUAAAUCUCCCAGAGCUUUAAAGAUUAGAUAUUUCCUACAAUAAUAUAGUUGAAUUACCUGAAGAUAUUGAAAAAUGUUAAAAACUUUAGCUGAUGAAUAUCUAAAAUAAUUAUAUUAACUUCUUCCCUCAUAAUUUUACAAAACUUGUUAAUUUGAAGAGAAUCCUUAUUUCAGGAAAUUAGUUUGAAAAAGAAGCUGAAGAUGCAUUAAAAUCUACUGGUGUGGAAGGCUUAUUUAAGUUUUUAUCUUAAUGA